CAUGUAUAUAAAAAUGUGUCAAAGAAGUGCUAAAUUAUUGGGUAGAAAGGCACAGCAAGAAUGAAGUGUUAUCUGAUCUUCAUCGCUCUCUUCAUCAGCUCCAGUGUGGCACUGGAUUGCCAGCAGGUGGAUGGACGCUUGAAACAAAUUGAUGUCAGCCUGGGCCAGGUGUUUGGUGUGAACAGCAAUGACAACAUCUACACUCUCUAUGGUAGCAAUUGGGUCCAACUCCCAGGAGCUUUGAAGCAUGUUACUGUUGGUCCUGCAGGCGUGUGGGGAGUCAACAAAGAUAACCAAAUUUACAAGAUGGUGGCUGGCCAGUGGGUUAAUGUUCCAGGCUUGCUGAAGCAGAUUGAUGCAGGUGGUGAUGAGUUUGUCUCUGGUGCAAACAUGGUUGAUGGUAUCUUCUGCAUGGGCAGGCAAGCCGCAAUGGCAUUUAGAAAUGCCCAGACUUCUCCUGCAUGGGAGCAACUGCCUGGAGCCCUUAAGUACUACUCAUGUGGCCCCAAUGGCUGUUGGGGUGUCAAUUCUGCAAACCAAAUAUAUAUAAUGAAAGGUGUGACGCCUACUGCUUGCAAGGGCAGUCAACAGUGGCAGAACAUUCCAGGCUCCUUGGCAAUGAUUGAAGUGGGCACAGAUGGCAGUGUCUAUGGCGUGAACGCAGAUGGAAAUGUUUACCGCAGGGAUGGAAUAACUGAUAGCAAUCCUGCUGGUACUGAUUGGACACAAAUUAACGUAUGUGGGAAAAUCAAGCAUGUGUCCUACGACCUUGGGAAGUUAUGGGUCAUCAAGGAUGAUGACAGCAUCUGGACCUGUAGCUAACCUCCUCUAGGAUGAGUCCACUUGCAAGCAUGAGCCAGUUCCAGUGAUAAUUCAUUUGAAGUCACAGAGCUUAACUUCUUAAUCUACUUUCCAAAACCAAAAAUAUUGUCCUUGUUCAUUAAAACAUCAUAAUGUGUCUUUAUAGAUUUACAGUUUUGUUCAUGUUAAGAUAACCAUAAUGAGCUUCAGAGAAAACAGAACCUGUUACAACAUCUCUGUCACUUUCUUACUAUCUGUGGUGCAACAGAGCAAAUACCCUACUGUUAAGAGUUGUGAAUGGAAAAUGAACCUUAAAUUCAAAUACCAGAAACUUCCAAUACCUUUAAAGUAACUUAACAUAACAGUAAAGAAAUUUGCAUUUCUAACUGUCUUUUAUUCUGAAGUGAUAUUUUAUUCAGCUAUGCAUGUCUCUGCAAUACUGUGCCUUAAUUAAAUAAAGCAUCUUAUUAAAAUUGUU